CCAAACCCUGAACCCAUCCAUCCCAAGCAAUCAAUCACCAAUCCCCCCUCCUAGUCAGCCAGUAGAUCAGCGACCCCUGAGCCGGAGGUAGACGAUGGCGGCGGCGUCCAAGGCCUCGGCGGCGGCCCUGCUUGUGGCGGCGGUGGCCGCCGUGCUCCUCGCGUCGGCGUCGGCGCAGACGACGCACGACAACUGCGCCAAGAACAAGAAGAUCACGGUGCAGAACCUGUGCGCGCACGACGUGGCGCUCACGCUGGAGCCGCUGGCCAACAGCCCGCACCUCUUCGGCGGCGCGCCGCAGUACACGCUGCGGCCCCACAGCCACGCCGAGUUCCCCGUGUGCUGGUGGACGGGGCGGCUGCACGCCCCCGGCGCGCCCACCGCCGAGUUCCACGUCGGCGUCGACGGGGGCUCCUUCUACCUCGCCGCCAACACCCGCCAGCCGGGGCUCGCCGUGCCCGUCAUCGUCUCCCCGCACGGCGCGCCGCUGCAGGGCGAGUGCCCCGCCGUCGGGUGCCCCGUCCAGGGGGCGUGCUCCGCGUCGCAGGUGCCCAGCGGGAGGUGCCGCAACGUCCAGGAGAUCAAGGUCAUCUACUGCAGCCCGCGCGUCUAGAAGAAGAAGAAGGAGUCCGCCGGCCAUGGAUGGUCGAGUGCUGUCGUCGUCGUGUUCGUUCGUUCGUUCGUUUGGAUCGGAUUAGCCGGCCGUUUGCUGCUUAUUAAUUAGAGUGGAUUAGUAGGAGUCGCCGCUAGCUACAGAUUGCUCAGCUCAGCUCAGGGCGAUGUGAGCGAGAGCGAGUGAUGAGCGACGCGUGCGCGUGUCAGGAUCGUCAGAUGUGUCGUCGUGUCCUGUACGCCUGUGUGUUUGUCGGGAGCGACUCGUGUCUCUCUCUGUGUUCGUCAAGUCGAGCCAAUAAUUAAUUUUAGUUAUGGAAAUGCUGAUGCGUCUUUCCAUGGAGAUGCAUGAUUUUCA